GUUCUUAGGAUAAUCCUAAUAACACAAUAGAACAAUUUUAAUAUAUGUUCACCAGAUUUCACUCAGAAAAUUUGAAGAUGAUCUUCUGGAUCGAUUUGGUUUUGCUCAGUGGCUUCUGGGUGUUUGGUUUCUCCAAUCCAAAUGGUUUCUUGAGUUUGUCUUGUGGCGGCUCAAGUUACACCGCUGCUUAUAACAUCUCCUGGGUCUCAGACAACGAUUAUAUCGAAACAGGUAACACUACUGCCGUUACUUACAUCGAGGGAACUUCAACUUCUACUGUUCCCAUCAGAUUCUUCCCAGACUCUCAAAGUCGCCAGUGUUAUAAGCUACCUGUGAGGAAGGACCUGUCCUCGGUUCUGAUUCGAGCCACAUUCGUUUAUAGAAACUAUGAUAGCCAGAAUCAGCCUCCAGCAUUUCGUGUCUCUUUGGGGAGGAGUGUCACUAGUACUGUUGAUCUCAGAACCAAAGAUCCUUGGAUUGAAGAGUUGGUUUGGCCGGUCAACAAGGAUUCUCUUUCGCUUUGCUUGCUUGCGGUUAAAGGAAGAGGCAUUCCGGUUAUCUCCUCUCUAGAAGUACGGCCACUUCCUUUAGGUGCUUACAGAAACAGCUUAGAGGAUUCGCCAAAUGCUAUCCUCAGGAGAAGUUACCGGAUCAAUAGCGGCUACACAAAUGGGACUAUCAGGUACCCUUCAGAUCCGUUUGAUCGAAUAUGGGAUCCAGACCAAAGUUUUGCACCUUUCCACACCUCUUGGAACUUCAAUAGACUCGCAAGAUUGUCUUCCUUCAACAUCACUGAGACUCCGCCAGAUACCGUUCUACAGACUGCACGGAUUCUUGCUCGCAAAGAGAUACUUUCGUAUACACUUUCUCUAGAUACACUAGGGGGCUACUACAUUAUCCUCUACUUCGCUGGGAUACUCUCACUCUCUCCUUCUUUUAGUGUGACGAUCAAUAACGAAGUCAAACAGUCUGAGUAUACCGUGACCAGCUCAGAAGCCAGUGCUUUGUACUUUACGCAAAAGAGAAUCAGUGAGUUAAACAUCACCUUCGAAAAAUUCAAGUUUAAUCCUCAGGUGAACGCUCUUGAGGUGUUUCAAAUCCUCCAAAUCCCUCCAGAAGCUUCUUCUACCACAGUUUCGGCGCUUAAAGUCAUAGAACAAUUUACCGGGCAAGACCUUGGAUGGCAAGACGACCCAUGCACUCCUCUUCCUUGGAACCACAUUGAGUGUGAAGGAAGCCGUGUUACAUCAUUGUUUCUUUCACAAAUCAACCUGAGAUCCAUUAGUCCAACUUUUGGAGACUUGCUUGACCUCAAGACACUGGAUUUGCAUAAUACAUCACUUACUGGAGCGAUACAGAAUGUAGGAAGCCUUCAGCAUCUCCAGCAGCUGAACUUGAGCUUCAAUAAGAUAAAAUCUUUCGGAUCCGAGCUGGAAAAUCUGAUUAACCUUGAAGUUCUGGACCUGCAAAACAACAGCUUACAAGGAUCAGUUCCUGAAACUUUCGGAAAGCUGAAGAAACUUCGUCUCCUGAAUCUGGAAAACAAUAACUUAGUAGGCCCCUUGCCACAGUCACUUAACAGAACGGGUCUGGAAGUAAGGACAACGGGGAACCCAUGCCUUUCGUUCACUUCGUCAUCGUGCAACAAUGUGUCUUCAACAAUCGACAUACCACAAGUCACUAUCCCUACCAAUAAGAAACACAAGAAGCAAAACCGUAUAGCGAUCUUGCUAGGAGUUUCUGGUGGCGCCUUGUUUGCCACUCUCCUCAUCUUUGUUUUCAUGUCGAUCUUCACGAGGAGACAGAGAAACAAAGAGAGAGAUAUAACCAGAACAGGAGAACAACUGAAGAUGCAGAACUGGAACACUUCAAGAAUCUUUUCUCAUAAAGAGAUCAAGACAGCUACAAGGAACUUCAAGGAAGUGAUUGGCCGUGGAAGUUUUGGAUCUGUAUACCAUGGGAAACUACCUGAUGGAAAACAAGUUGCGGUCAAAGUGCGGUUUGAUAAAACUCAACUUGGAGCUGAUUCUUUCAUCAACGAGGUGCAUCUUUUGUCACAGAUACGCCACCAAAAUCUAGUUUCCUUCGAGGGCUUCUGCUACGAACCAAAACGGCAAAUACUAGUUUAUGAGUAUCUGCCUGGUGGAUCAUUAGCUGAUCACCUUUACGGUCCAAGUCGUAAAAGACUUUCAUUGAACUGGGUUUCAAGACUAAAGGUUGCAGUUGAUGCUGCAAAAGGGCUGGACUACCUGCACAAUGGAAGUGAGCCAAGGAUUAUACAUCGGGAUGUAAAGUGCAGUAACAUACUUCUGGACAAGGAUAUGAACGCAAAAGUUUCUGACUUCGGCCUAUCAAAACAGUUUACAAAAGCAGAUGCUUCUCAUAUUACUACUGUUGUUAAAGGCACUGCAGGCUACCUUGACCCUGAAUAUUACUCUACCCUGCAGCUGACAGAGAAAAGUGAUGUCUAUAGCUUUGGUGUGGUUCUGUUGGAGCUCAUCUGUGGAAGAGAACCCUUAAGUCACUCAGGAUCACCAGAUUCUUUUAACUUAGUACUAUGGGCUAGGCCAAACUUACAAGCAGGAGCAUUUGAGAUUGUGGAUGAUGUCUUGAAGGGAACAUUUGAUCCAGAGAGCAUGAAAAAAGCUGCUUCUGUUGCUAUAAGAUGUGUGGGGAGAGAUGCAUCAAGCAGACCAUCUAUUGCAGAGGUUUUGACUCAGCUGAAAGAAGCGUACAGCCUUCAACUCUCAUAUCUAGCUGCUUCAGGACAUACAGACAUAUAAACAUAUAUCACAAACAAGAGUAAAGAACUAUACUUGUAUCACUUUUUUUUUGCUUUCUGUUUUUGUGUUACAAAGUUUUGUAAGCGAAAUGAAAUGUAAUACUAACUACAUUCCUUGGCUAGUAGAUAUAUAAAUAUACCAGAAAAUUAAGCUCUAUUCCUCGGC